UAAGCGGGCCGUGCCAUGCAACCUCGGGCGCUGCCAACCGUGGACGAGCUCUGGGUGUGCGGGCGGCCUGGCGCGGCGCUCCGGUAAGGCGUGUGUGCGGCGGGGCGGGGACAGAACCGUCUUCUCGGGCUCUGGGCGUGUCCGAGACCGCGCUCCCCGCCGAAAUCAAGCUCCGAGUCAUCCGUGUGGGGCGUUCGUCCUCCCUGGCACAGUUGGCCCCUUUCCAGAAGCCCGUUUUGUUUGUUUUACGUCUAAAUUCGCGUCGCUUCUUAUUCUCUCCCUGACAAGGUCUGAAGACGGGCAGGAGAAUAACCUGUGUCAGCGUGUUAUGAUGCCGUCCCGUACCAACCUGGCUACUGGAAUCCCCAGUAGUAAAGUGAAAUAUUCAAGGCUCUCCAGCACAGACGAUGGCUACAUUGACCUUCAGUUUAAGAAAACCCCUCCUAAGAUCCCUUAUAAGGCCAUCGCACUUGCCACUGUGCUGUUUCUGAUUGGCGCCUUUCUCAUUAUUAUAGGCUCCCUCCUGCUGUCAGGCUACAUCAGCAAAGGGGGGGCAGACCGGGCCGUUCCAGUCCUGAUCAUUGGCAUUCUGGUGUUCCUACCCGGAUUUUACCACCUGCGCAUCGCUUACUACGCAUCCAAAGGCUACCGUGGUUACUCCUAUGAUGACAUUCCUGACUUUGAUGACUAGCACCCACCUCAUAGCUGAGGAGAAGAGUCACAGUGCAACUGUCCCAGCUUUAAGAUAUCUAGCAGAAACUAUAGCUAAGGACUAAGGAAUUCUGCAGCUUGCAGAUGUUUAAGAAAAUAAUGACCAGAUUUUAUGGGUCCUUCCCAAAGAUGUUAACUGAACCUACAGUUAGAUAAUUAGGACAUGCCCUGUUUUUCAUCCCUUGGCCUUGGCAAGAGCUCCUGACAAGUUUUUCCACAGGAAUAUGUAUCAUGGAAGAAUAGAGGUUGUUCUGUAAUGGAAAAGUGUUGCCUGCCACCACCCUCUGUAGAGUUGAGCAUUUCUUUUAAAUAGUCUUCAUUGCCAAUUUGUUCUUUUAGGAAAUGGAAGAAUGUAGUAUGGCUAAUUUCUUAAGUAAUUUAUUUUAAAAAUAUCUGAGUAUAUGAUCCUCUACACUUAUCCCUACCUUCAUGUUCCAGUGGAAGACCUUAGUAAAAUCAAAGAUCAGUGAGUUCAUCUGUAAUAUUUUUUUUUACUUGCUUUCUUAUUGACAGCAACCAGGAAUUUUUUUAUCCUGCAGAGCAAGUUUUCAAAAUGUAAAUACUUUAUCUGUUUAACAGCCCUUGGCCCAUUCUGAUCCAGUUCACCAGUAGGUUGGACAGCAUAUAAUUUGGAUCAUUUUGUCCCUUGUAAAUCAAGAUGUUUUGCAGAUUAUUCCUUUAAUGGCUGGACUCUUGGCUGUUUCCUAAUGAAACAUGUAGAUAAGUGGUUAUUAUUUAGAGUUUAUAGCCCUAUUGCUAGCACCUUGUAGUAUGUCAUCAUUCUGCUCAUGAUUCCAAGGAUCAGCCUGGAUGCCUAGAGGACUAGAUCACCUUAGUUUGAUUCUAUUUUUUAGCUUGCAAAAAGUGACUUAUAUUCCAAAGAAAUUAAAAUGUUGAAAUCCAAAUCCUAGAAUUAAAAUAAGUUAUCUUUAAACAUUUCAGAAAACAUUUUGAUGAUUUUAUGAUAUCUUUAAUCCCAGUACCUAGAUCUACCUUAGUUUCUAGGUAGCUGGCAUUGUGGGUCACACUCGACUUUCCCUAACUCUGAGGUUAUGGACUUGGGCAACUGGAAGCCUGGACAUGCCAUCAGCUGAGUUGGAAGGCUGUGGGAAGAGCAAGUUUUAGAUGUCUACUUAGUAUCCAAGUGGAGCUGUUGUGGAGGCAGUUGCGAUGCAUGUGUGUGUCUAGAGUUUAAGAGUGGGUCUUGGAUGGAAAUAGAAAUUUGGGAGUCAGUAUUUGGACAGUAUCUUAAAAGCCAGAGGGCUGUUUGAGAUCACCAGUAGAGUGAGUGUCGUAGGAGGGAAAAAAAAAAAGACUCAGGAAAUGAGGGACAAAGAGAGGGUGACCUGAAGCAGCCUCCAAGAUUAGGCGCUUUUGGUAAUAGGAAUGUUGACUGGGGAGUCCAGUAGUCUAGAGUUCCUGAGCCUUGACAAUGAAUAUGUGAGGUGAUAUAUAAAGCUUCAUCUUGGGGAGUGGUUGCCAAGCAAAGCUCAGAUCAGAAGGUUUUGGCCAAACCAAAUGAUUUUUUUUUUUUUUUUUUUUUUUUUUUUUUUUUUUUUUUUUUUUUUUUAAUUUAUUUAUUUAUUUAUUUU